AUGGAUGAGACUCGCAUAAACUCAUGUCAAUACUUACGCGAGUCUUCAUUCACAGAAAUGAAUAGUUUCGGCUCCGGUUCUGGAUUUAGCCACUCACCUACAGGUCAUUCCUCCUCAAAUACAACUUCACUCGGCUUUUCUGGCAGCAGUGGUGGUGGCAGUGGCGGCAGUUCAAGUGCGCUUAGUGGCAGCAGUAGUGGCAAGCACAAAAUCGCAGAUGUUCUGACAGUGCAGACCUUUGUUUGUAGUAGCCAAUAUACGACAGAUGGUAAGUCUUGA